GGGCGCGCAGGCCGUCUCCUAGAGGAGGGGCGGGGCAAGGGGCGGGGCGAGUGGCGGCGGAUUGGCGGGCACGCCCCCUCGCCCGCGGCCGCCUCCCCGCCUCCCUCCGCCGCCUGCUCUCGCUCCCCGGUCAGAGGGCCGGAGCGAGAAGAUGGCGAAGACGUACGAUUAUCUGUUCAAGCUGCUGCUGAUCGGCGACUCGGGGGUGGGCAAGACCUGCCUCCUGUUCCGUUUCUCAGAGGACGCCUUCAACACCACCUUCAUCUCAACCAUCGGAAUUGAUUUUAAAAUCAGAACAAUAGAACUAGACGGAAAGAAAAUUAAGCUUCAGAUAUGGGACACAGCGGGUCAAGAAAGAUUCCGAACAAUCACGACAGCAUACUAUAGAGGAGCCAUGGGAAUUAUGCUGGUCUAUGACAUCACAAAUGAAAAAUCCUUUGACAAUAUUAAAAACUGGAUAAGAAACAUUGAAGAGCACGCCUCUUCAGAUGUUGAAAGAAUGAUCCUGGGUAACAAAUGUGAUAUGAAUGACAAAAGACAAGUGUCAAAAGAAAGAGGGGAGAAGCUAGCAAUUGACUAUGGAAUUAAAUUCUUGGAGACAAGUGCAAAAUCUAGUACAAAUGUAGAAGAGGCAUUUUUUACACUUGCACGAGAUAUAAUGACAAAACUCAACAGAAAAAUGAACGACAGCAAUUCAGCAGGAGCAGGUGGACCAGUGAAAAUAACAGAAAACCGAUCAAAGAAGACCAGUUUCUUCCGUUGUUCGUUACUUUGAUGAACUCUUUCUGAGAGACUGCAGCACACCCAGAGGGCCCUUUCCUGCUUCUCUGAAAGCACAGGUCACCCAGCCUCAGAAUCACACCGCCGGCUGCUGCUGAGAGCACCACUCAACUUAGACCUCUCACCACAGAAUGCCACGUGGAUUCCAGCCUCAUGGAACAGGCUCCUUUUUUCAAACAUGGAAGCAAUGAAGUGGAGACACUUGCAGGACCUAACUUGUUUUUUCUUUGUUUUAUUGCCUUUUGCAGAAGCUGCUAUCUUUCUUUUUCACUUUGCACAUCAGUGUUAGCCUUCCUUAUUACAGCACAAUCUUAGAUGUAUAUUUGCACACUUUUGUGUCAUGAAAUUCUAGACAAAUUCAUACAUUUGAGGAUGUUGAAAAGAGAGCAGAACAUUUAGAGCAGAGGUUAACCAACUAAAAUUAAAAGAUACUUGGUUUGGUUCUAUGGCCAAAUGUUGCUGCCUUGGAAGCAUUUAUUUAAAUGCUUUGAUUUGUGAUUUUCUUAAAUAAGAAUCAUUAAAUUCCUUUUAAAAUUUUAUAAAAAUGCCCAUUUAUUCAUCAGAGGCCACAAUGUCUUUAUUUCUUCAGAUUGUUAAGAGUUUUGCCUCAUUCUUGACCUUUUUGUGAGACCGGGUGGCUGAAUGAAUCACGUUAUAAAUUGAUCACCUCUGCCUAAUCUAUAGAAACUGUAGUUGGAAAUCACCAUAAUCUCACUUUUCCUGGGGUUUUGUAUUUACUAUUCUUUCUCUUGUUUGACUUAAUGUAAUUAUUCACUUAUCUAAAACUAAUAACAUAUUUGAGUGUUGUUGUAUUUCUAUUUGUGAACUUCUACAGCUGAAAUUUUACAUAGGCAAAAAGAUGUACCAUUUAGGGCUUUAUUUCAACAUAUAACUGUGGUUCUGUCACAUAAGAAUAUGGGAUGUAUUUUUUCUAAGGUUUACCCCUUAGCUUGCUGGUUUAGUUGUAAUACCCAAUUCUUACCAUAAUCCCUGUCUGCAAAAGUUGACAAAAGUUAAAUUUAGAUUUUAGCUUGCAGAAAGCUUACCUAUAGGGAGAUUAACUUGUCGAUAUAAAUUUAAUAGAGAUAGCUCUUGGUAUUGGUGAAAAUAAUGAUUUUUGGUUUUGUUUUUAUUUGACUAUUUUUUUAAUAAAAGUAAUUAGACCUAGUGCAGCCUCUAGGAAAAGUCUCACCUUUUUAUUAGAGAAAAUACGAUCAAAGUUUCAGUUUUAUAAUACCUGUUGUUGAGUAUGUAGAACCCAGUUCCAUCUGUUUAGGUUAAUUGUUAUACAACUUAGUCUGAUCAUUUGGGCCAAAGCCCACUGAAAGCUUAGUUGCCUUUCUCACCAAACACUGGUACUGGUAUACCUUUUGUAGAUGAAACCAUCACGUAAGAAAAAAAGGUAUUUACUGUUAACUUAUGUGCCAAAUUCAGAUCACUAUGUCAUUGCUGUUGUUCUAGCCUUCAGCUCCAUAACACAGAAGGCAAUAAUACAGAGGUGAUUAGGGAAAUGAAUUCUGUUAAUUAUUCUUCCUGUUAGGCCUAACAUGCUUCACAAAGGCUACUAUCAUGCUUGAUAGUUAAGAACAGGAGAUGGAAGUCUAAAUGGAUUGCUUGUUACCUACCACAGAGAAUUCUGCUUCAAAUUAAGAUAUGUCCUUAGAACGCUUGGACCAGUCAACCUUUAUUACUUGUUUGAAAACUUAGGAAUGAUUUAGCAGCUACAAUUUAUACCAGAGCUAGUUUUGAUGGAUAUAUCAAACUUACUGUUGACAAAUUUUAGCCUCCUUAAUAAUUUUUAUAGUUACCUAUAGACUUAAAAGUCAGCCAUUGCUGUCCCCAUAUAAUCAAUCAGUAGUUCCAUGGUUGAAACUUGAUUGUAAGUCUGAAGUUAAAUACAAGUUAAAUACAUUCUCAAAAAGAAAAAUAAUUUCUUAGAAACAUCUUGUUUUCACUAAUUUUCUGAAGAAAUUCCAAGCAGUUAAGCUUUCUGGAUGGUAACAAAGUACUUUCUAAAAGGCAAGUGCUAUGACACCAUGUAUGAAUGUAAUUCUCUUAGUAAUUUACCUCUGACUAUUUGGUGUCUUAACACUUUGGUUUAUAUCUCAGGGGUUGUCUGCAAACCAAAACUGACAUAUUCUGUGGUUAGCUUUUUACAUUUUUUUUUAACACAAUGCUUUGCUUUUGUUCAAUUUCCUCUCUUCUUUUGUCUUAUAUGAGUUAACAACUAGUCUCCAUGAACUUCCCCUUUGAAAGAGCCUGUAAAAAAGUUAGAUGAGUCUAAAAGUGCUCUUUGAAGUAGCAGCAAAUUGGGAGUAUAUGCUCUGUUAUAUAAAAAUAAAUUGUCCUUGCUAUUUUCUUACAUUUAGCUUUGCUAAUUGUAUAUAAAUCGAGCUAAGACCAUAGGAAAUUCACUUUCUGCAUGGUAAAAUGACCCAAUAAAUAUUCCACUUUGCUUAAUAAUGUACAUAUAGUGCAUUAUUUUUUCUAUUUGUAGAUGAAUUUAGUGACAGAUAAUUGUCUGUUCCCUGCUGAAACUGAAGAAAUCUAGUUUUUUGUGAACAUUUUUGUGGUCUUAUGGAUAAAGUACAUGAAAAUUUUUGCAGCAGUAUUAGUGGUUCAGUGGCUGCACUUUAUUUUCAAUGUGCUAAGUUUUGACAAUGAUUGGAUUAGACCUUUUCAAGUAGAUGCUGAGGGUUUCAGUGAAAAUGUGCUGUAACUAAGUAGCAUGUAAGUCAGUUGAUUGUAAAAUGUUUCACUGGGAACUUAUUUUAGCUAUAUUUUACUUCAGACAGAUUAUGAUAAAAUAAUCCACCUGUGCAUCAGUUAGGAGGUGCUGCAGGGUUUCUUACUACUUACAUAAACAUUUUGUGCAGUCUUUGUUAUAAAUUUUCAGAAGACUAUACUCUUUACUUUGAAGGACUAUUUUUUAAUUAUACCUCAUUUAGCUAACUAUAAUAGUAUUCUAAUACCUGGUAGAAAAACAGUGAGCCAGCCUUUAAGCAUCCAACAAAAUUUAGAUUAUAUGUUUCAUUUUGAACUGAAGGCAUCUUUGAAAAAGAUAGGAGAUACCUUAGUUUAGAGUAGAACAUACAUGUCAUACCCAGUAGAGUAAAAAGAGUAUUAUCUCCUUGUUUCCAUUAAUAAAUUUAGCUGUGCAAUAUAGAGACAUUUUUGCAGAAGUUUCUAAGUAAGAGAUUAUAACUCCAUUUUACAGGUUCUGAAUGCUGAGAGUCUGUAUUAAGGCUUAUAAAGUUUUUCCUGUGAUAAGUAAGUAAUACAUUUAAGCAGACAUUCUUUUCAAAUUCAUGACUUAAAUUCCUUUACAAAUCUAAUCUUUAAAGAAGAGUUUCUAAGCUUAAAAUUUUAAAACUGAAUUUCAGUAUGUUUGGUUUACUUAUCUCAAAUUUUAAGCACUCAUUUCUGUAAUCAGGGUUUUUAGAAUUUAUCUUUUAAACAGAAAAGACAUUCCUUUUUCAUUUUUGUUCCAUCCAAAGGCUGGAGGGGCAGGGGUGGGCAGAAAGGAAUGUCUAAAAAUGAAAUCCCUUGAUGUAUAGAGGGACCUGGAAGGACAGGCUAUGGCUAAUAAAAUUUCAAAUUCCAGCACAAUUUUAGAGUAGAAUCAAUCUUUCUUUUAGACUAAUAAAAUUAAUGUCAUGUUCACUAUGAAAAAAUCUAAAUGACUGAAAUGUACAGAAAUGAAAAUUAGUAAACAAUUAUUUUAGGGAUAUCUUCAGAUUUUACUUAAUUUCUUGAAAUGCAUGUGCCAUAUGCAAUUGCAUUUCUUGUUGCCAAGAGCUAAUAGAACGUCUUAUUUCAUUUUCUUACCUUUUUUAAAAAUGUGAAUCAUAGUUCAUUCCUAUGGCCUUACAGAUGGGUUUUAUUUUGUUUGUUUGCAGCUGACGCUGCAGUUCCUUUAAUACAAAAAUACCAUAAACUAUUUGACAAAAAUCAUGCCCCUAACAGAGAAUAUCUAGUUUUUCCAUAGAAUUAUCCUACUGUGUAUGUUUAAACAUACUUUAUUUUUACUCCAAUGGCUUAAUGUGAAAAGCUCCUGCAGAUAAAGUGGACCUGUCAUGUGUUUAAUCUUGUUUAAGCCAGUUCAUUAACUGUGUACUGAUACUGAUGCUGUGGUUUUUUUUUAAAAAAAAAUGGAUUUUAUUCCAGGUGAACUUUUUUUUUUUCCAUUAUUUUUGUUUUAAAUUAAAACUUCGUUAUUGAAAU